GCUCAUCUCCUCACCGCCAAACCAACAAACCAAUCCACCAACUACAGCUACUGAACUGGUGAAUGACAACACCGACCUACUUCCUGCUUCCUCCAGCUGAUGGUCCAGUCCUCCUGGCUUCAGGUAGCCAGAUGAUUGUGCGCCAGCUCACCUGUAGAGGCUUAAUAAACUCUCACCUGUAUGCCCACCUGAAAAGGCAGCGGGCCGGCCAAGACAUGGCCAGACCCAGUUCAGACCUGGCAGCAUUCAGGGAGAUUUUCUCCAAGGCCAAGAGUAUAGCCAUCAUCACCGGAGCAGGGGUGAGCGCAGAGAGCGGAGUCCCCACCUUCAGAGGAGCAGGAGGCUACUGGAGAAAAUGGCAAGCACAGGAACUUGCCACCCCAGAGGCCUUUUCCAGGAACCCCUCCCGUGUUUGGGAAUUUUACCAUUACCGCCGCGAGGUCAUGCUCACUAAAGAUCCCAACCCCGCCCACCUGGCCAUCGCAGAGUGCGAGGAGCGACUGAGCAAACAGGGACGCGAGGUUACAGUCAUCACUCAAAAUAUCGACGAGCUCCACCGCCGCGCUGGAUCCAAAAACAUCCUGGAAAUCCACGGAAGUCUGUUUAAAACGCGCUGUAUGAGCUGUGGUGAUGAAGCAGCCAAUCACAAGAGCCCCAUCUGUGCCGCUCUGGAGGGCAAAGGGGCUCCGGACCCAGACACAAAUGACGCCCAGAUCCCUGUUCAGCAGCUGCCCAGGUGUGAGCAGAAAGGCUGUCACGGUCUCCUGAGACCAGCUGUGGUCUGGUUUGGAGAGACUCUGGACUCAGACAUCCUCACCGGCGCAGAAAAAGUGUUGGACAGCUGUGACCUCUGCCUCGUGGUCGGCACUUCAUCUGUUGUGUAUCCGGCAGCCAUGUUUGCUCCUCAGGUGGCAGCCAGAGGUGUCCCUGUGGCCGAAUUCAACAUGGAAGACACACCGGCCACCAUGCGCUUCAAGUUCCACUUCCACGGCCCCUGUGGGACCACGUUACCCUCCGCCCUGGCACGCCACGAGACGGAACAAAAAUGAGUCCUGGACAUUAGCUGCACACAGACCAGACUGUCUAACACUGGAGGACUUACUGGUACAAAUACCAAAAAUAAAUAAUCGAAUAUAACGAACAGUGUGGAGAUUGGGUUCGUGAAAAAUAAGGCUGACAAAUUCAAAGACUGUAUUAUAUAAAUAGUUGCACACACAUUUAAUUUCAAGUCGAUGCAUUUUGUCUUUGUGGCUUUAAUUGAAACUUAAAUUAUUUAGUUAUUUAAUUACUUUAAUAGCAGUGACUAUGGAUUAAAUACAAUCCCAUGUAGGCCAACUUUAUCACUCCUUUUGCAUUGAAUGAAUUCUGCCUGCCGAACAGUAGGGGGCAGUGUUUAGCUACUGCUGUGUUGGCUACUACACCUCCAGUUGAGAGGAAAAUAACAGACUCCUUCUAAAGGAUGUGUGGGCUCUGCCUGGGAUAUGUGGUGUGUGUGAGUGUGUGUAAAUUCAGUGUUGUGUGAAUAUAUGGGCCGUCAUGAAUACUGUGUAUGAUGCCUUCCAGUGGUCAUGAGCCAGCUCCAGUUAAACCAGGGAAACCAGUGACUGUGCACUCCGUCAGACGGUCAUGAGGAGAUGAGCGAACAUAUUCAUAUGAACUGAAUAAAUGUAUACUCUUAUAAACUGAA